CUUCCUUCUGGGUAUGGGACAGGACCCUUUCUGGAAUGGGGGUCUUAUGACCUACAGUCAAACAAGAACAUGAACUUCCCGUACCUCUGGCUAGAGCUGUUGCUGCCUUUGGUAGCUGCGCUGGAUUUCAACUACCACCACCAGGAAGGGAUGGAAGCGUUUUUGAAGACUGUUGCCCAAAACUACAGUUCUAUCACUCACUUACACAGUAUUGGGAAAUCUGUGAAAGGUAGAAACCUGUGGGUUCUUGUUGUGGGGCGGUUUCCAAAGGAACACAGAAUUGGGAUUCCGGAGUUCAAAUACGUGGCAAAUAUGCAUGGAGAUGAGACUGUUGGGCGGGAGCUGCUGCUCCAUCUGAUUGACUAUCUUGUAACCAAUGAUGGCAAAGACCCUGAAAUCACAAAUCUGAUCAAUAGUACCCGGAUACACAUCAUGCCUUCCAUGAACCCAGAUGGAUUCGAAGCCGUCAAAAAGCCUGACUGUUACUACAGCAUCGGAAGGGAAAAUUAUAACCGGUAUGACUUGAAUCGAAACUUCCCUGAUGCUUUUGAAUAUAAUAAUGUCUCAAGGCAACCUGAAACUUUGGCAGUCAUGAAGUGGCUGAAAACAGAGACGUUUGUCCUCUCUGCAAACCUCCAUGGUGGUGCCCUUGUGGCCAGUUACCCGUUUGAUAAUGGUGUUCAAGCAACUGGGGCAUUAUCCUCCCGCAGCUUAACUCCUGAUGAUGAUGUUUUUCAAUAUCUUGCACAUACCUAUGCUUCAAGAAAUCCCAACAUGAAGAAAGGAGACGAGUGUAAAAACAAAAUGAACUUUCCUAAUGGUGUUACAAAUGGAUACUCUUGGUAUCCACUCCAAGGUGGAAUGCAAGAUUACAACUACAUCUGGGCCCAGUGUUUUGAAAUUACGUUGGAGCUGUCAUGCUGUAAAUAUCCUCGUGAGGAGAAGCUUCCAUCCUUUUGGAAUAAUAACAAAGCCUCAUUAAUUGAAUAUAUAAAGCAGGUGCACCUAGGUGUAAAGGGUCAAGUUUUUGAUCAGAAUGGAAAUCCAUUACCCAAUGUAAUUGUGGAAGUCCAAGACAGAAAACAUAUCUGCCCCUAUAGAACCAACAAAUAUGGAGAGUAUUAUCUCCUGCUCUUGCCUGGGUCCUAUAUAAUAAAUGUUACAGUCCCUGGACGUGAUCCACACCUCACAAAGGUGAUUAUUCCAGAGAAAUCGCAGAACUUCAGUGCUCUUAAAAAGGAUAUUCUACUUCCAUUCCAAGGGCAAUUGGAGUCUAUCCCAGUAUCAAAUCCUUCAUGCCCAAUGAUUCCUCUGUACAUAAAUUCGCCAAGCCACUCACCGGCAACAAAGCCUAGUUUGUUCUUAUUUUUAGUGACUCUUUUGCACAUAUUCUUCAAAUAAAGUAAAAUGUGAAACUCAACCCACAUCACCACCUGGAAUCAAGGAUUGCUCACUCCAGGUUACUGCAACCCCAGCUCACUCUAGUGGGACCUUGAAUGGAGAAACUCCACGAUCUUCCUGAAGAAGAGAAAUGGAUGUUUCCAAAUUCCAUAGUAAGCAAUACGUGGUGAUAAUGAAAGGAAUGAUUCAGUCUUGAUGAUGAAUGGAACACACUUACCUAACAAGUACUGCUCAUUUACACUCAAAUUAAUCUUGAAGUAGUCUUGAAAUUUGUAAAAAAAAAAAAAAAAAAAAAAAACUUGAGAAGCAAAAAAGUGCCUGCAAAAAGAAGAUCAUUUCGUAUACAGAGAACUUGAUGAAUAUAAGCAAUGAAGAUGAACAUUUAUCGAUCUUCUACAUACAAGACGUCACCAUGAGGCCAGGUGCAGCGGCUCACGCCUUUAAUCCUAGCACUUUGGGAGGCCAAGGUGGGCGGUUCACCCUGAGUCAGGAGUUCAAAACCAGCCUGACCAACAUGGUGAAACCCCGUCUCUACUAAAUAUUAGCGGGUCCGUGGUGGCAGGCACCUGUAAUCCCAGCCUCUCAGGAGGCUGAGACAGGAGAAUCGCUUGAACCCUGGAGGCGGAGGUUGCAGUGAGCCAAGAUAGCGCUACUGUACUCCAGCCUGGGCGACAGAGUGAGACUCUGUCUCAAACAAAACAAAACAAAAAAACACCUCACCAUGAGUGAGAAGAGAUACUAAGUGCCAUAUAUAAUUAGUUCUCAGAAAAGGGAGAAAUGAUCAUAGGACUGGGAAUUGUUUUGCAAAUGUUCUAGGAGAAGUGAGAGAAAAUACGUAACCAUGUCUCAGUGGCCCAAGAAAAUACUGGCCUGAAGGGAUAAGAUUGUGUCUCUCUAUAGAGCCUCAGAGCAUACAGGUCAAUUAAGUAAGCUCCUCGCCCUCCAGAGCCAAGUGUCCCUAGCUUUUGGCACCUGGAUGCCACAGCCCUCUGUUAGGCUGAUGACUCCAAAGGUGUAACUCUAGCCUCUUGCCUGAGCUUCAGGCUCAUGUCCCACUGCCGACUGGACACAUCCACCUGGAUGUGACUCACAGGUACCUCAAACCCAUCAUGUGGAGUUACUCAUCCUGUUCCCCCUAGAGCUGCUCUUCCUGCUGCAUUCUCUCUCUCAGUUACUAGGACCGCCAAGCUAGGAACCUGGGAGUCAUCCUUGAUACUUUCUCUUCCUCCUCAAUCCUGUGUAUUCAGCAAGUAACUAAAAGUUGGUGUUGGCCGGGCGCGGUGGCUCACACCUGUAAUCCCAGCACUUUGGGAGGCCGAGGCGGGCAGAUCACUUGAGGUCAGGAGCUCAAGACCACCCUGGCCAACAUGGCCAUCUCUACUGAAAAAAAAAAAAAAUACAAAAAUUAGUCACGUGUGGUGGCACAUGCCUAUAAUCGCAGCUAAUGGGGAGGCUGAGGCAGGAGAAUCGCUUGAAUGCAGGAGGCAGAGGUUGCAGUGACCCGGGAUUGCGCCAUUGUACUCCAGCCUGGGCAAAGAAGCAAGACUCUGUCUCAAACAAACAAAUAAACAAAAAGAUUGGUGUUAAUUAUAAAUAUUGAUGAAUUCUGCUCGCUGUUCUCCAUGGUUGUCAACACUGCAAAGUUGAGACCUCAUAUCUCACCCACACUGCUGCAACAGCUCUACUGGUCCCUUGCUCCCAGCCUUCUCCUCCUCAGUCCAUCCUCCACACAGCACUGGGGAAGGGGAGUCACUUGAAACAAAAGUCAGCAACUGGUUGUAGUUCAUGAACACAGAGCUGUUUGUGUCCCCUGUAUCUGGAAUGCCAUUAUGACCCAACACGUUUUUUCUUUCCUACUCCCCUUAAAACUCAGUUCAGGUAGCAGCUGCACUAGGAAGCCUUGGCUGACCAUAAUCCCAUUCAAUUCCAUUCCACCUCUUCGCAGGCAGUCUGGGGUUAGGGACCCUUCCUCUGUGCUCCCCAAAAUAAACUGGUUAUCUCUACUGUUGGAUUUACAUCAUUGUAUUAUAAUCUUCUACUUGCAUGUGUGCCUUCUCUAGUAGAAUGUGAGCUUUUUGAGGCCAAGGUCUGUCUGUUUGAAAAAUUCAUAGUUAUAUCCUCAAAGCCUAGCACAUAGUAGGUACUGAAUGAAUGAAUGAAUGAAUGAAUGAAUGAAUGAACAAGGGGUGCCAGGAGACUGCUACUCCCAGUCCUUCCCAGAAGCUGCCUAGGGCUCUGAGUCAUUUUAUGAAGCUAGGUCUUAUGCGUAGGCAAUCUCCAGCUCACUGUGAACACUGACAGAAGACUGUUUUCAUGUCUAUAAUCAAGAAUUCCAGAUACAUUCCUUUUACUGGACCUUGAAUUGACCCUAAGGUUGGUAGUAAAGGUAUUAUGUUACCUCUUAACAGCACUGCAAACUACCUUUUAUUAUCAGAAAAAAAUUUUACCAUUAGGACUCAAUUUGAAGUACUAAUGUUUCUCAAGUUCUCCACUAUGAGAGUUACCCGAUAUUAAACCGUUACCUGUAAGAAUUAAGGGGGAAAGCAGUAAACAGAAAAGGAAAAAAAAAAAAAAAAAACAAUAGCAACUCUGGUGAGCAGAUUCCCUUCCUUCCUUCCUUCCUUCCUUCCUUCCUUCCUUCCUUCCUUCCUUCCUUCCUUCCUUCCUCCCUCCCUCCCUCCCUCCCUCCCUCCUUUCCCUCCCCUCCCCUUCCCUCCCCUCCCUUUCCCUCCACUUCCCUCCCUUCCCAUCCUUCUUUCUCUUUUUUUUUACUUCAUCCCCAGUGUCAUAAUAACAUAGGCCAAUUUCUAGAAGUGCAGUGUAUUACUCGUGGAAAGUGAGUUGCCUUGGUUCUUACCUUCAGUUGAAAGUUCUACGGGAUCUAGAAAUUGUACUGGCAGGAGAUUUCCAGAAACCAUACUGGCAGGAGAGUGAGAACCACAAGGAGAAUGAAGAGCUACAGAAGCAUUUAGGCCAUUUCUAUGCCAAGCUUAUUCUACAUGCACAAAAUUAUACAUGUUAAUAUAAACAAAAUUUGGAGGCUUCUUUAAACCAUUUAUAAAAUCUGGUAACUUGUGCAGCAGCAAUAGAUAACCAAAAAAAAAAUCUCAUCAUAAUCUGAAUAUCUUGAUCAUUUUUAUUUAAAGUAGUAGUAAUUUAUUAUAUACUUGAAAGUACAUAAUAUUGCAAAAAUGACUUUGGUAUAUUACAAAUAAAACUACAUAAGAUGAAACUUGAACAAUUUUUUAUCAAGCCCCAAACAAUUUUUCAAGCCCCAAACAAUUUUUCAACUGGGCAUUGAAUUUUAACUUUUCUAAGAUAGCAAUUUUUGAAGGGACACGAACUAAAAUCUGAAUUCGUUCAUGAGCCUUAAUGUAAAUCUCUUGCUGAAAUAAUGUUUUUAAAAACAGAAUUUAGUAUCAGACUCAAAAUCAUUUAAAGACUAACAAAACACAAUCAUGGUAUUCUGUGGUCAAACCAGGUACCCAAACCACCUCCCUGCCCAACACCUUUCCUGCUGUUUCCUUCCCUCUUGGGCUGGUGGUUAUGCUCCUCCAGCUCUACGUUCAGCUAUAAUUCCUUUUAUAGAGAAACCAACAUGAUACACACUUUCAUGAUGGGAGAAAAAUGUGGGAGUGAAAUGACACUUAGAAAGCAGCAGUUAGGCGCGUUGGCUCAUGCCUGUUAUCCCAGCACUUUGGGAGGCUGGGGCAGGCAGAUCACUUGAGGUCAGGAGCUCGAGACCAGCCUGGCCAACAUGGUGAAACGCCAUCUCUACUAAAAAAAAAAAAAAAUACAAAAGUUAGCCGGGCAUGGUGGCGGGCGCCUGUGAUCCCAGCUACUCGGGAGGCUGAGGCAGGAGAAACCGCCUGAACCCAGAAGGUGGAGGUUGCAGUGAGCCAAGAUCGCAUCACUGUGCUGCACUCCAGCCUGGGUGACAGUGAGACCCCGUCUCAAAAAAAUAAAUAAAUAAAUACAAUAAAAUAAAGAGAAAAGGCAGAAGCCCUGGAUUCAAACCCACUACACAUUCAGUUUCCUUAGCUGUAAAAUGGAGACCCCACUCCACCCCCGCUGAAUGGUGAUUCUGACUGUUAGAAAUAGUGGUAAGAGAUGCUACAUUUUUGGUGCUUGCUCAGGUUUAGGAAGGAUAGUUAACACUCAGGUAAUAACUAUUUUGAAGGCAGAAUAAUAUACCUUCUUAAAGAGUAUACCUACUCAAGUGUUGGUAAAUGUUGACAUGACUGAAUCUAAAUGGCAAAAGAGUCUUUUAGAAAAACAUAAGUCCCUGCAGAUAAAUGAGAGUGUUGAUUUGGAUGCUUAAUUUAAUUACAUUCAGACUUGAACUGUUGGAUGUAUUAGAAAUGUUAAAAGCUUUUUCUCAACAUUUCCAAAAGUCUUUCCAAGAAAUCAGUGUUAUGUUUUGUUCCAGAAGCAAAUUUGCAUUUGUGGUCUGUUUCUACAAAUGGUAUAAGUUAGCUCUAUGUUUAGAAAGUAAAAAUAUCUGAUAUUAGAUUGGAAGUAUCUCUUCCUGGGGAAUCCAGAAAGGUAAGCAUAUCAUAUUGUCUUACUGCAACAGAUAAGUUGCUUAUUGAGAACUCUGGUUGUUAUUCUAUAUGGUAACAAUAUAGUUGAUGUAUAUUUUAUGAUAGAUCCUUUAUAUUUUCCUCAUGACUUUGGAAGGGGGAAGGGGGAGAAAAUUAUGAUGACCAUACUAGUUAAAGAGGAUUGAAAGUCCACAGUACUGUAUCUAAAGUAGAAGUUUGGGUUUGUUAUAGACUUUAUAUCGACUAAUAAGCAGAUACUGUACAGUAUUGCUCACCAUUUUAUCAUACUUUUGCAUAUGAACUACUCCAUAGCCUUUUAUAGAUGUUUUAUAGCUGAUUUUACCAGUUUUCCUGGUAACUUGUUUUUCUUUUCUUUUUUGAGAUGGAGUCUUGCGCUGUCACCCAGGCUGGAGUGCAGUGCCGUGAUCUCAGCUCACUGCAGCCUCCGCCUCCCAGGUUCAAGCAAUUCUCCUGCCUCAGUCUCCCAAGUAGCUGGGACUACAGGUGCCCACCACCACACCUGGCUAAUUUUUUGUAUUUUUAGUAGAGACGGGGUUUCACCGUGUUAGCCAGGAUGGUCUCGAUCUCCUGACCUCAUGAUCUGCCUGCCUCUGCCUGGGCCUCUCAAAGUGCUGGGAUUACAGGUGUGAGCCCCUGUAAUCUUUCUUUAAUACUAUAACUAAGAAUUUAUUAAAAUGCACAAAUUGUCUAAGACUGUAAAGUUUAUUGGGGAGAGGCCAUGACUACCUCUGAAUUUAGUAAAUUUAAAAUAUUUCUGAUUCGCAAUAAAGAACUAAUAUUCAUAUAAA